UCUCCGCUGGGGUUUUCGAUUCGUAUCAGUGUCGCUCUUUGCGUUUUCUUUUUUCCUUCUAUUUAUUUAUUUGUCGCGGCUAUCGUUAUAUUUUCUCCCAAUUACAAACUCGAUCGAUUCUAAAUCGGCCAGGCAUCGUUGGGCAGUAGGCAGCAGGUCGAUGGCGGCGGCGGCGGCGGCGUUGUGGCAGCCGCGAGAGGAGGGGCUCCGCGAGAUCUGCGCCCUCCUGGAGGAGCACAUCUCCCCCAACUCCGAUCAAUCCAGGAUUUUGCAACAGCUCCAGCAUUACAACCAGCUUCCUGAUUUCAAUAACUAUCUCGUUUUUAUCCUCGCCCACGCCGAGCAGGGCAAAUCACUUGAAGUACGACAAGCUGCUGGUUUGCUGUUGAAAAACAAUCUCAGGGCAACUUUCAGCUCGUUGUCUUCUUCCUAUCGGCAAUAUAUAAAAUCAGAAUUGUUGCCUUGUUUAGGGGCAUCAGAUAGGACAAUUCGAUCUACAGUUGGUACUGUUAUUAGCGUUCUUGUUCAGUUAGAGAGAGUUGCUGGUUGGCCUGAACUGUUACAAGUUCUUGCUCAAUGUUUGGCUAGUAAUGACUUUAUUCAUAUGGAGGGUGCCAUGGAUGCUAUCUACAAGAUAUGCGAGGACAUUCCUGAAGAACUUGAUGUAGAUGUUCCUGGAUUAUCUGAGCGUCCCAUUAAUAUUUUUAUGCCCAGAUUGCUGCAGUUUUUUCAGUCUCCACAUGCUAUAUUGAGGAAGCUAUCAUUGGGUUCUAUUAAUCAAUUUAUUGUAACCAUGCCUGCAGCUUUGUUUAUGUCCAUGGACCAGUACCUUCAAGGCCUAUUUCAUCUUGCUCGAGAUCCUUCAGCAGAUGUCCGAAAAUUGGUUUGUUCUGCCUUUGUGCAACUUAUAGAAGUUCGACCAUCCUUCCUAGAGCCCCAUUUGAGAAAUGUAAUUGAGUUUAUCUUGCAAGCCAACAAAGACCCUGAUGAUGAAGUUGCUCUUCAGGCCUGUGAAUUCUGGUCUGCAUACUGUGAUGGUACCUUGCCACCCGAUGGUUUAAGAGAUUAUUUACCACACUUGAUUCCAGUUCUAUUGUCCAAUAUGGCAUAUGCUGAGGAUGAUGAGGCACUUUUUGAUGCUGAGGAAGAUGAAUCUUUUCCAGAUAGGGAUCAGGAUCUGAAGCCUCGUUUUCAUUCAUCUCGUUUUCAUGGAUCUGAUAUCACAGAGGAUGAUGAGGACACAGUCACUGUUUGGAAUUUAAGAAAAUCUAGUGCAGCUGGACUAGAUAUUCUUUCAAUUGUUUUUGGAGAUGCGAUUCUUCCAACCUUAAUGCCUUUGAUACAGCAAAAGCUAUCACUCACAAGUGACGCUAGUUGGAAGGAGAGAGAGGCUGCUGUUUUGGCUAUUGGUGCCAUAGCAGAGGGAUGCAUUAAUGGACUCUACCCUCAUCUUCCUGAGAUUGUCAAAUUCCUCAUUCCUCUUUUUGAUGAUAAAUUUCCACUUAUUCGGAGUAUCUCUUGUUGGACUCUUUCUCGGUUUAGCAAGUUUAUCAUUCAGAACAUCGGUGAGAAUGAUGGUUAUGAACAAUUUGACCAAAUUCUUAUGGGACUGCUCCGAAGAAUAUUGGACACUAAUAAGCGUGUGCAAGAGGCUGCAUGUUCUGCUUUUGCAACGCUAGAAGAGGAGGCAGGAGAGGAACUGACCCCUCGCCUGGAAAUAAUUUUGCAGCAUCUGCUAUGUGCUUAUGGGAAAUAUCAGAGACGAAACUUGCAUAUUCUAUAUGAUGCCAUCGGUACUCUAGCAGAUGCAGUGGGUUCGGAGCUCAAUCAGCCAAAAUAUCUAGAAAUAUUGAUGCCUCCGUUGAUUGCAAAAUGGCAACAACUUACAAACUCUGACAAAGAUUUAUUUCCUUUGCUAGAGUGCUUCACGUCCAUUGCACAGUCUUUGGGACCAGGGUUUUCUCAAUUUGCUGAACCUGUAUUUCAGAGAUGUAUUGGACUUAUCCAGAUCCAACAGUUAGCAAAGGUUGACCAUGCCACAGCUGGUGUCCAAUAUGAUAAAGAGUUCAUUGUCUGUUCUCUUGAUUUGCUAUCAGGACUUGCAGAAGGACUAGGCGGUGGUGUAGAAAGCCUGGUUGCUAAAUCCAAUUUAAGAGACCUGCUUUUGCAAUGCUGUAUGGAUCAAGCUGCUGAUAUUCGGCAAAGUGCCCUUGCACUUUUGGGUGACCUCGCAAAAGUUUGCCCAACACACCUGUAUCCUCGUCUAGCAGAUUUCCUAAGAGUUGCAGCUGAGCAACUGAAUAUUGCUGCAAUUAAGGAAGCUGUGUCAGUGGCAAACAAUGCUUGUUGGGCCAUUGGAGAAUUAGCUGUUCAGGUUCAUCAAGAAAUUGCUCCAAUUGUGUUAACAGUAGUAUCAUCUUUGGCCCAUAUUCUCCAAAAUGGAAAGGGGUUGAACAAAUCAUUGCUCGAAAACAGUGCCAUCACAAUUGGGAGGCUUGCAUGGAUUUGUCCAGAACUGGUGGCACCACAUGCGGAGCAUUUUAUUCAGUCAUGGUGUACCACUUUAUGCAUGAUACGAGAUGAUUAUGAAAAGGAGGAUGCAUUUCGAGGGCUUUGUGCUAUUGUUAGAGCAAACCCUUCUGGCAUUGUGAACUCACUUGGUUACUUGUGUAAAGCUGUGGCAAGUUGGCAUGAAAUACGAAGUCAAGAUUUACACAAUGAGAUUAGCCAAGUUUUGAAUGGGUAUAAACAGAUGCUUGGGAAUGGGACAUGGGAACAGUGGGUGUCCACGUUAGAGCCAGCAGAGGUGCAGAAAUUGUCAAAAUUUGGAGUAUAAACAGAACCAAGUAAAAUGUUCCUGGUUGGUUUUCAUCUGUGUUGCAUUCGGGUCGGACAAGAGUAUGUUUCUUGGUAGGAAGGAUGCUAAUAUGACAUUGUGCGUGUCUGAGAUAAGAUGAGAAUAUAUCUGUUCGUUGGGAGGACAGCUUUGUAAUCAAUUGUGUGCUUUUGAUCUUCCAUUCCUGGUAAUGGCCCUUGCAGAUUGAUUCCUACCAAGAAAAAAAGGGGUUGAUUCCAAGAGGGCGUGAUUGUGCUUUUGCUGGGCACUUGAGGAAGUUUGAUCCUUCUGUUGUAUGCUCAUAGUUUUCUUAUUAUAUAUUUUCAGUGGCCAGUUCUGUCUCCACUGAUUUGUUUGAUGCCGUUCAGCAAGUUGUCCACAUUCCAUGCGCAUCAGUUUUCUUACAUUAAAUUUCUUGAAAGAAUUUCUGUAUUAGAUUAAUAUCCAUUAUUUGAUGAUUUCAUAUAACAGACACUGCCUGUUUAUAUUAA